AACAAACGGAUCAUAUACAUAGCCGAUUGCUGCUAGUUGAUGCUAGUUGCUUACAAUCUGCUUUUAUGCUUACAUUCUCAAUCACACAAAUGUAUUAAGAUAGCAAGUUCUACAAACCUUUCUACUGAUAUUCUCAAGCAGCAUGCGGUGAAUUACGUAGUUUAAAAAAAAUUGAAAAACAAGGUAGAGAUCAGAUCCAACAUGGAAUCAUGGUGAUAAAUUUAAAAAAAAAAAAAGAAAACCAGAAGCUGGCUUAGCUCUUCAAUUAUUCGAAGGAGCAGAUCGAGUAGGGCAACACAGAUCAGCAAGAUAGGUAGUGGUGAUUUGCUUCACGAUUUUGUGUUCUUAAAUAGGAGGGGAAAUCUGCUUUUAGCAGCCAAAAUUUUCUUUUGCUGCCAUCAGCUAAUUACAAUCGUAAAAACUUCUUGAAUUGUAAAAGAAGUUCUCUCGGUAUUAAUGAGUGUAAAGUAGUUUAGUACCCUCUUCCCACGUAAAAUAUUUUACACGGUACAGUGUAAAAUGUUUUUAAAAAAGUACCCUACAGUUUACACCAAAUAUUCAAAACAAACGGUGUAAAAUGUUCAUAUCCCCUCCCUCACUUUACACGCAAUUGAGGGAGGGGAUAAAUUCGGGCGAGCGUCCAGCUCGGGCCCUUAAUUCCCUCCCGUUUACUUUACAUCAUACCAAACGGGCCCUUGAUUCGGAGCAAUUGACGGCGAGCGUCCAUCACCGGAUUGUCUCCGCACGGUGAGGUAUCAGGGCGGGCGACGAGCAUCUUGCGAGGCCAUCUUCGAACAGAAGGGUUGGAUCUGCCACUCCACAGCUAUAAACACUCGGCCCACAGGCUGCUCGAAAUCAGCAAGCCAUCCUUCCGGCAGAUUCACAGCAAUCAGGGUUGGCUCCAGCAAAGCUACCUUGCAAGAGGCAACAAGUGCAAGAUGCACUGCAGUUGAAGCUAUUCAUGGACCGGGGAAGAAUUACGAUUGGAUUUUAUUAAGGACAUUUUGGCAAUUUUAUUUGACCUGUGUAUCUGCCUAGCCGUCAUUUUUGUGCAAAACCCGGAGGGAGAGAUUUUGAUGAUGGGAAGUGACUCAACAUGGGUUGGACGGAAAGCAGUGAGACGCCUUGGUGGGAUGUCGGAUGCCCUUUCUAUUGCCUCAGAUCUUGGCUUCGCCAUCUCUCCCCCUCCAUCACAGGAGGAGAUACAAAGUUUGUCCAGUGGCUCUGGUGAAAAGAGUGAUGACUUGAUAAGGGUUUUGAAGGAGCUCACCGACAUCCAAAGAAAAGUAGCAGACUUGCAAGUUGAGCUUCAGGGUAGGAAGGAGGACAAAAACGUCGCCCAUCUGACACAUGUUAGUGAAAUGGAGAAAAAGAUUGAAACUUUGGCCAGAAUCACCACUAUAUUGAAAGAUGUUAUUCAGAACAAGGACCGCAUUAUUGCUCGGCUUCAACAACCAUAUUCAUUAGAUUGCAUUCCAGUGGAAGCAGAAUAUCAGAAACAAUUUUCUGAGUUACUGAUGAGGGCUGCUAGCGACUACAGUGCAUUAACGGCAUCUGCGGCUGACUUUCAUUGGAGCCAAAAUUUUAGAGACCCACCAACAAUAUGGGCAGAAAUGCUUCGCCCUAUCCCUGUCGCCCUGGCUUCAUGCACCAGGUUCUUUGAAGCCAUGUCUGCAAUGAGGGAGUCAUUUGCCACACUUCAAGCGUUAAGGGUUGGUCCUUCAUCGUCCCUUGCCACGCCUAGCAAGGAUCUUUCCCAGAGAGGAGGAUCAAGGAAGAAUUCUGAUUGUGUGACUCCUCCACCCUGGAGAACCGAAACAAGUUUUAACGAUUUGGCCAUUAGAAGUGUGAGGCAUGAAAAAAGUGAGGAGCAAGAAGUUACUAGUGGUGGUGAAUAUGGUGGCAUUGUUGAGAGCCGUCAACUAUCAUGGCCUUCGCCUGUUUAAACAGUUGAUAUAUAGCUAUGUUAUGCCCAAAAUUAAUAUGGGACCAAUUGUGUAUCUAAUCAAAACUUAUUAUUCUAAUCAUUUCUUGUUUAUAGGGGAGUAGGGGACCAGUUGUAAUAUCACAUUGAUUAAACUUUGACCAAUUGUUUUAGCAUGUCCUGGGGCAAACAAGGCAACAAGCUAUGUGAGUGUGACUUUGAUAUGGAUGAUAAUGUUCAAAUUAGCUCAAUGUGUGCACCUUUUUAAAUUAGGCCCAAGCCUGGUUUAAA